AUGUUUCAGGAAAACCCGAAACCCUUACCAGAUAUUCCCUCCAACUUCUCCAUGUCUUCCAAAUCAUCGAGUACUCAUCAACGGACUAGAAAUUCACGUUCUUCGAUACGCAAGAAGAUGCUAGUUCCCUAUGAAAUGUUUUCCCGAUGGUUGGAAGUAAAACACCCGAAAGCCGCGAAAUACAAAGUCCCGAUACUGAUAACCAUUGGAUUAUUUACUUUGGCAAUAUUUAUCAUCAUCAUAGUAGCGGCGGUGGGAGGAUAUAACAAUGAAGGUGAUAGGGGAAGUCCGGGAAUUAACUUGAACGGCAAAGGAGACGGAACUUAUUAUGAUCCCGGCGUAGGUCUUGGAUCGUGUGGAUGGCAAAAUUAUGAUAGCGAAUUUGUGGCGGCUCUUAAUGCACCACAGUACGGUAUAUACUCGGACCCUUCAAACGCCCCGGUUUGUGGCAAAUGUAUACUAGUGAGUGGCCCAAAAGGAAGCGUCAAAGUUAAGAUCGUGGAUAAGUGUCCUGUUUGCAAAAGUGGUGACGUGGAUAUGUCUUCGACCGCUUUCAAACAAAUUGCGGAUAUGGACAAUGGCAGAGUAAGCAUCACAUGGAAAGGAUGCUGA